CCUCCCAGCAGGGAGAAGCCCUUUAAGUGCUUGGAAUGUGGAAAGAGCUUCAGGCAGAGCUCCUAUCUGAUCCGACACCAGCACAUUCACAGUGGGAAACGGCCCUACACGUGUGGGGAAUGUGGGAAGAGCUUCAGUGACAGCUCCACCCUUCGCAAACACCAACUUAUCCACACUGGGGAACGGCCCUACACGUGUGGGGAAUGUGGGAAGAGGUUUCAGACCAGCUGGAAUCUCCUCGUGCAUGAGCGAACGCACACGGAUGAGAGGCCCUUCCGCUGCACCAACUGCGGGAAGGGCUUCAAGCAGAACUCCCACCUUGUCACCCACCGGCGCAUCCACACUGGGGAGAGG